UUUGGCAUUCAAUCUAUUUUUUCCACUACCAUUUGUCUAGAAUUCUAUUUAUUAGCGUUUUUUUUAAAAAACGUAAGUUGACAACCCUUUUUGAGUUUACAAUCUGCCGCCGAAAGAGCUCCUCUGGCAAUGGAAGCCCAUUUUUGGCGAGAUUUCGCACGCGCAGAGCAAAGCCAGGGCUGCCCGGGAGGAGGUACCAAUCUCAAUGUGGUUUUCCAGAUUCGAGUUUCACUUCCAUUCCCCGGCCUCUGCGCAAACUAUACGGCAAAUUGGCGCGCAAAGGCCGCCGGCGCUGGAUUGCUUGCAAUCUGUUCAAUCUUAAAUAGAAAUCACUCGCUCAUGGGAAUCAGUAUUUGACGCACUAAACACACUUGCACCCUUUUCAAUAUGCGCACAUGUAUCUUUUUUUGCUUAGGGCGUCCGUUAAUUAGCACUUUAAACUAUCAUGUCGGAUUCAGUCGUUACUGUGGAUACCUCGAAGCUUACACCCCUCUCGCCAGAGGUGAUUAUAAACCAGGCGACGAUCAAUAUCGGUACCAUUGGCCAUGUCGCGCACGGAAAGUCGACGCUCGUAAAGGCCAUCAGCGGAGUGCAGACUGUUCGCUUCAAAAAUGAACUCGAGCGUAACAUCACCAUCAGACUCGGAUACGCCAACACCAAGAUUUACAAGUGCGACAACCCCGAGUGCCCUCGCCCCGGAUGCUACAGGUCAUUCGCCUCAGACAGGCCCGCAGAGAUCCCUUGCGAGCGCCCGGGAUGCAGCGGCACACUGCAGCUCAUCCGCCACGUUUCGUUUGUCGAUUGCCCGGGUCACGACGUGCUCAUGUCCACCAUGCUGAGUGGAGCCGCGGUCAUGGACGCCGCAAUUCUGCUUGUUGCUGCCAACGAGUCGUGCCCACAGCCGCAGACGGCCGAGCACCUGGCAGCCGUGGAGAUUAUGAAGCUCGACAAACUCAUUAUUCUGCAGAACAAGGUUGAUCUGAUCCAGGAGGACCAGGCGCAGACUCAUUUCGAGCAGAUCCAGGAGUUCAUCAAGGGCACUGGUGCGGCCGGCUCCCCAAUCGUCCCUGUUUCUGCGCAGCUCAAGUACAACGUCGACGCUGUGGUCGAGUACAUCUGCAAGUACAUCCCCAUCCCGGUGCGUGACUUUACUUCGGACCCCUACAUGAUUCUCAUUCGCUCGUUCGACGUCAACAAGCCAGGUAACGGUAUUGAUACGAUUGCAGGCGGUGUUGUUGGUGGAAGUAUCCUUAAGGGUGUCAUCAGGGUUGGCCAGGACAUCGAGAUCAGGCCCGGACAGGUCUCUGUUAACCCCACCAACGGCAACUUUGUUGUGCGCCCGAUUGUGUCGCGUGUCGUGUCGCUUAAUACCGAGAAGAACUCCUUGCAGUAUGCAGUUCCCGGCGGUCUCAUCGGUGUGGGUACCCUUAUUGACCCGUCGCUCACGCGCGGUGAUCGCUUGUCUGGUCGCGUUCUGGGCUCUGUUGGCAAGCUGCCCAAGCUCUAUAUUGUCCUCGAGAUCAACUACUUCUUGCUGCGCCGGCUGCUGGGUAUCAAGUCCGACGGCAAGAAGCAGGCCAAGAUUGACAAGCUCUCCAAGAACGACAACCUCCGCAUCAACAUCGGCUCCAGCGCUGUCGGAGCGCGUGUCACCGGUGUUAGGGCCGAUAUGGCCAAGGUGAGCCUGGGAACCCCCUCGUGCGCGGAGGAGGGCGACAACAUUGCCAUUAGCAGACGCAUUGACAAUCACUGGCGUCUCAUCGGCUGGGCCAAGAUUGUCAAGGGCAAGUCGCUCGACUAACGAGGAUAUCGGCGCGUCUUGUUUAAAAGGGGAUUUUCUGCUGUUCGAAAUAUAUUUUUCACUUCAACUGUUGACUCUUUUAAAGCAGAGAAUUCUUGAAAAACUCACGACCAC